CUCCUCACAGUCACACAUGACACAACGCAAGUUUGAAAGGAAAAACAAGAGGUGAUGAAAAUAAAAACCUCUCCUAGUUUUCUACUAGGAUUAAUAUGUUUAGCUCUAGUCCUCCUACUAGGAGAAGGUGUACAAUGUGGGCGGCAAUGCAACACAACCGAUACUAAUUGUCUUUCCGGUUGCUCAGUCGGCCGCCCAUCACGUCCGACACCUCCUCGUCCUCCCACCCCGAGACCGCCACCUCCUCGUCCUCCCACCCCGAGACCGCCACCUCCUCGUCCUCCUACCCCGAGACCACCACCACCUACACCAAGACCACCACCUCCUCGUCCUCCUACCCCGAGACCACCACCACCUCCUACACCAAGACCACCACCUCCUCGUCCUCCUACCCCAAGACCGCCACCACCUCCUACACCAAGACCACCACCUCCUCCUACACCAAGACCACCACCUCCUAGUCCUCCUACCCCUAGACCACCACCACCACCACCUCCUAGUCCUCCUACCCCAAGCCCACCAUCUCCUCCUAGCCCUGAACCACCAACUCCGCCCGAACCUACGCCACCAACUCCUACACCACCAACUCAUCUUACUGACAUAAUCUCUGAAGAAAUGUUUAAUGAAUUCCUCUUGAACCGCAUUCAGCCACGUUGUCCUGGUAGAUGGUUCUACACUUACCAGGCUUUCAUUACUGCAGCUGAAACCUUCCCUGAGUUUGGUAAUACUGGGAAUGAUGAAAUUAGAAAGAGAGAAAUUGCUGCUUUCUUUGGACAGACCUCUCAUGAAACCUCUGGAGAACCGACCGCACAACAUGGACCAUUUACAUGGGGGUAUUGUUUCAUAGAAGAAAUUGGAGCCGGCCCUCUCAGCCAAUAUUGUGCACCCUCUGUAGAAUGGCCUUGCAUUCGUGGGAGGUUUUACUAUGGUCGUGGACCAGUCCAACUUACCUGGAAUUUCAACUAUGGGAAAGCAGGUGAAGCACUAGGUUUGGACCUCCUAUUCAACCCAGACAUAGUAGCACAUGACCCAGUUAUUUCUUUCGAAACUGCAAUUUGGUUUUGGAUGACUCCUGAAGGAAACAAGCCUUCUUCCCAUGAAGUCAUAACUGGGCAAUGGACACCAACUCCUGCAGACAUAGCUCGCAACAGAUUGCCUGGAUAUGGUUUAAUCACAAAUAUUUUUAAUGGUGCUUUAGAAUGCGGCACUCAUGGACCAGAUAAUAGAGGGGAAAAUCGAAUUCAGUUUUACAAGAGAUACUGUGAUCUUCUAGAUGUUAGCUAUGGAGAUAACCUUGAUUGCUACCGUCAAACUCCCUUUGAUUGGGGUCUUAAAAAACUUCAGGGAGCUAGAGAAUCAUGGUCGUCGAGCUAAAAUUAUACGCAUGCAUGUAGUCUCUAAGUCCAUACAUUAUUGUCUUCAUGCGUGUAUGAUAUUGAGUAAGUUGGUAUGUUCAAAAAUAUGUGGUGUCUGAAAAUAUGCAAACAGAACCAGCAAUAAGUAAUAAGCAAGGUUUACUUGCACCAAAUCUGGAUCUGUUCUAGUGAAAUUGUUGUAUGUUCGUAUUGUAUGGUAAUGAAUAAAAGUUUGUGUUGUAUUUGCAUUA